UGCCUGCACUCUUCGUUCCCUGUUCCUUGUACAUCUCCAGUUUGCCUUGCUUUUCCUCCUCGUAUUUCCUCAGCAGCUAUGACCAGCCUGAAGGAAAUCUGUCGUGGCCUUCCUUUAUACCCUUUGCCUGAAAACAGAGGUCGGAGGAAAGGAAUACCCCAUGCACCCGUGAGAAUCCCUAAUCUCACUGCUCAGGAGAAAAAGCUGGCUUUGCGCAAUGCCUUGCGUUAUUUCCCACCUGAAAUACAAAAGAAGCUGGCGCUGGAAUUUGCUGAAGAACUCAGGCUGUACGGCCAUAUCUAUAUGUACAGAUUCUUUCCAGAUAUUGAGAUGAGAGCGUACCCCAUAGGAGACUACCCUUGCAAGACCAAAUCAGCUGCUGCCAUUAUGUUGAUGAUCAUGAAUAAUCUGGAUCCCUCAGUGGCUCAGUUUCCUCAGGAGCUUGUCACUUAUGGAGGAAAUGGGCAGGUCUUCAGCAACUGGGCACAGUUCUGGUUGGUAAUGCACUAUUUGUCAGAGAUGACUGAAGAACAAACACUAGUAAUGUACAGCGGACAUCCUCUGGGCCUCUUUCCCAGCCAUCAGUACGCUCCUCGAUUAAUCAUUACUAAUGGCAUGGUUAUUCCCAACUAUUCCACCAGAGAUGAAUAUGAGAAGAUGUUUGCUUUGGGAGUAACAAU